CUUCUACACUGGGAGUUCUUGCCGCGCACAAAAACCCUAACCUAGACCACACUAAAACCCACACUGCCACUCGCCCUAAUGUGUGGAUGCGCGGGAGGAUCAGCGAUGGAGCCGCCGAUGGAUCGCAUCUCCUCGUUUCCUGGCUGCGGCACCUCGGUGAUGCCAGGGAUCUUGCCGAAGGCAGGAAGCUCCACGCGCAUUUUGCCGCGACGGGGAUGGAUCGCGGAACGAUUUUGGGAAAUUUGCUCGUCCGGAUGUAUGGGAGCUGCGGCCAGGUGGAGAAAUCGCUUGCGGCAUUUGCAAGGAUCCACAGGAAGAAUGUCUUCUCGUGGACGCUCUUGUGUGGAGCGUAUGCCGAGAACGGGCAUUUGGAUAGAUCCAAGAUCGUAUUCCAGAAAAUGCCUCAGAGGGAUAUGGUUUCCUGUACCGCCAUGAUAGGAAUCUACAGCCAGGAUGGAUUCUUGGUCGAUGCGAGGCGCGUCUUCGAUGAGAUGCCGGAGAAGAAUCUAGUUCCGUGGAACGCUCUCGUGACGGCUCAUGCCGCGGCUGGAAUGUUGAAAGAUGCCAGAAGAGUGUUUGAGGGGAUGCCGGGGUGGAACUUGGUUACUUGCAAUUCGAUGCUGCAAGGCUACGCGCAUCAUGGAGAGGCCUGGGAUUUUUUUCACAGACUGCCAGUGAAGGAUUUGAUAUCUUGGAACUUGGUGCUUCAGUCUUCCUCGGCUCGCGGAAGCCUGGAAGAAACGAAAGGAGUGUUUGAUCGGAUGGCAGAGUGGGAUAGAGCUUCCUGGAUCGCGAUGGUCACCUCUUACGCUCAGUCGGGGAAGAUCGAUGCUGCGAGAGAAAUCUUUGAAGACAUGCCCGAGCACAGCGUUGCUUCGUGCACUGCAAUGCUGCUGGCGUAUGCUGAAGGUGGCGAUGCCGAAGAAGCAAAAGAAAUCUUUGACAGUGUCACUCAGCACGACGUCAUGUCUUGGAACGCGAUGAUUGUGGCUUAUGCUCAGAACCGGGCUCUGGAUGAAGCGAGGAGUGUGUUCGACAGAAUGCCGAAGAGGAACUUGGUUUCGUGGAACGCCAUGGUGCAAACUUACUCUCAAAGCAGCAACAUUGAAGAGGCCGAAAACUUGUUCUUGGAGAUGAAGGAGAGAGAUGUGAUCUCCUGGACUGCGAUGGUGGUGGCUUACGGCCAGAACGGACAGCUCCAAGAGUCGUGGAGGAUGUUUAGCCGGAUUCCACGACCAAACAUCGUCUCUUGGAACGCAAUGCUCAGCGUCUACUCUCUCAACGGGGAGCUGCAAGCUGCUCGGUGCGUGUUCGAGAAAAUGCCUCAGCGUAAUCUUGUUGCUUGGACGACAAUGAUCACAAGCUAUGCGCGGAGCGAAGAAUUGGACAACGCGAGGAAGGUGUUUGAUUCAAUGCCAGAGCAAGAUACAGUUUCAUGGACUUCCAUGAUCGCAACCUAUGCUGAAAGUGGUCACGCAGAAAUUGCUCUUCGGCUGUUCAAGCUGAUGGAUCUGGAAGGUUUCCGAGCGGACAAGGUCUCCUACACCAGCGUUUUACAGGCAUGUUCAAGCCUUGUGGCACCUCGAGAAGGCAAACUUAUCCACGCAAGCAUCGUCCAAGGCGGGGUUGUCUCGGAGACCUCAGUUGGCACGGCUCUGAUCAACAUGUAUGGAAAGUGUGGCCUUUUGAUGGAGGCGAGGACGAUGCUCGAGAAAAUGCCGAGGCACGAUAUAGGUUCCUGGACGGCCACCAUCGUGGCUUUCGCGCAAAACGGCUGUGCGGCUGGUGCCAUCGAGCUCUUCCAAAACUUGAACCUCGGAGGCUUGGUUCCGGACUGGAUCGUCGUCGUAAGUGUUUUGUGCGCUUGCAGCCAUGGAGGAAUGCUUAGUGAUGCGUGGUUUUUCUUCACCUCAGCACAGGAGGACUAUGCCAUCGUUCCACCUUACGAUCUCUACCUUUGCAUGAUCGGGCUUCUCGGCAGAGCUGGGCAGCUCGAGCAAGCGGAAGAGCUGAUCGUCGCCAUGCCUUUCGACCCGGACGUGGUUGCAUGGAUGAUCUUGCUGAGCGCAUGCCGGAGCAUCGGAGACUCGAGACGAGGAGCUGUUGCUGCCGAGCGAGUGUUUUCUCUGGAUCCGGAGAAUGCGUCGGCUUAUCUGCUUCUGUCGAACACCCAUGCUGCUGCUGGGAACUGGGACGAUGCGACAAACGUGAGGAGGAUCAUGAGCCAGAGAGGAAUCAAGAAGAGACCAGGCUGGAGCUACAUGGAUUUUUUUCUCAGCGGCCGGGAAUUUCUAUCUUGAGAGAUUUUCGUCACUCUCCCGCUGCAACGAUCUGGUGCACUCUUUCUAAACGUGAGCGAUUUUUCUUUUCCUUUGUUGUGCGGCCUGACUCACUUUGAUAUUUUGUCAACGAGAAGGCGAAAAGAAUCGACUCCAAAGGUGAAAAUAAUCUCGGAAUUCUUCUAAUGGACUCGCUGCUGACUGUUUCAUCUUGCUUUUUCUCGCGAGAAGAGUCUACUUUAUUCACUGCUCCCACUGAGGUAAAGGGCUGGCCCCGCUCUAUAAUAUCACUCUCUGUACGUCGGUCAUGUCACUCUUUUUGUGGCCUUCCAGAACAUCGUCUGAUACGACACUAAUCAAACUCCCCAGAACGGAGGAACGGAUGAAAAGGCUUAUUUUC